UCAGAGGACACGUGGGAGCCGUGGGUCGGUUUGUUCAGUCUGUGGGUGAACUGUGUCCCUGCUGAGACACGCAGAAGCUCCCACGGUGACUCAAGCUGCUCCGUGGGUUUCAUUUACGCUCCGUUUUCCUCGGAGGAAAAUGACGAAGUUUACGAGCGUUGUUGAGCUAUAAAGCAGAAAAGAGACAUGAGUGACUCUCAGCUGGACGAGUGCAAAGUUGAGGAACGUUUUCCAUAGUGCCUGGUGAAAUUGCAUCAACAUCCACUAAACCAUGUAUGAGCCUCGGUACUACGACAGACCACCUGUCUACAGUCCCCCUUACAGCACCACCUCCCACAACUUCUAUCCCCCAAGGAGCGUCCACUCCCCCCGGAGCCAGUAUGCCCCCUACACAUACAAUGUCCCUCCAGACUCCUAUUACGUCGAGGAGAAGCCCCAACACUUCUACCGCUGGUUCUCGCCUCCUGGCUUCGUCAAAACCUUCCAGGGAGCCACAGUGCUCAUGUGUUUCCUCAUCUUCGCCCUCGUAGCUUCGACCCUGGUAUGGGACAUGAACGGAUUUGGGUACGGGGGCUACGGUGUUGCGGAUGCUGGAGGUGUCAGUGGGAUGGGGUCUGGAUAUUAUGGAGGCAGCUACGGCUACGGAGGCUCCUACAUGACGCCGCAGUCGGCCAAGGCGGCAAUGAUUUCUAUGGCAGCCAUCAACUUCCUGGUUUCGCUGGGGUUCCUGGUGGGGAGUUUCUCACGGUCGCGGGUCAUGCGGGGAUGCAAGUUUUACCUCACUGUGUUCAUCUGUGAUAUCAUCUUAGCUGUCCUUCAGGGCAUCAUCGACAUUAUCUUUGUGAUCGGGGUGAACCCGAUGUCUCAGAGCUCACAGAGUAUGUUGUACAACCCCAUGCUGAUGAUGUGUCAGAACAUCCAGGGCAGCCCCAGCUUCAGCGCCAGUGCGGGGGCCGGUUUUCCUGGGGGGUACCCCAUGUUCAAUCAAUACCUGCACCACUACUGCUACAUGGACCCCGAGGAGGCCGUGGCGUUUGUGUUGGGUCUGUUUGUGGUGUUGGUCUUGUCCCUCGCUGCUUACUAUGCCUACAAGACCCGCAGCAAGAUUUGGCGCCAUGGAAAAGCGAACAUCUACUGGGAUGAGCCGCUGGUCAGGCCGUCAGAGGGGCAGGAUGUGCAGGACUGGGUGAAUCAUGUUGGAGAAGCUCGCAGCACCCAGCAGGCGCCAACUGUUGUUGUGUCGGAGAGAGCAGCGCCUGACCUGAGGGCAGAGAACAGCGUGGUCUCCUACGGCAACGGAACAGUCAGCAUCCACAGUGACGGAAAUUAUAAAAGCAACAGUUUCCCUGCAAACAACAGUAACAGCCGAGGAGUUGAGCCUCUGUACCAGAACACCAGAGCAGCAGUUUGCUCCAGCAGCUCCUCAGAUGAGACCGACGGCGUCAGGAAGCCUCCUCCUCAUUAUGUGAAGAAGGAACAGAGGAAGAGUGAAGAACCAUUACCUGCUGCUCAGGUGAUGGUCGAGUCCCAGUAUGAAACUGGUUACACCACAGGAGACACUGGAAAUGAGCUGGACCGGGACCACACAAGUCACCUCUACAGGCUUUACCCAGAGAUCAUUUCAGAUGAGCAGCGGCGCAAGUAUAAGAAGGAGUUCGACUCAGAUCUGUUGAGCUAUAAGAGCCUCUGCAGCGAAAUGGACAACAUCAGUGACCAGAUGCACAAGCUGAGCCGAGAGCUGGACACGUUGGACGAAGGCUCCAUGAAGUACCAGGGUGUGGCACAUGAGUAUAACCGACUAAAAGACCUCAAAAGGACGGCAGACUAUCAAGCAAAGAAGAAGCAGUGCAAAGAACUUCGGCAAAAACUCUUCCACAUCAAACGUCUGGUGAAAAUCUACGACCAAGGUCUGUGUUAGUGCAUGUGAAUCAGCUGUGCGGACAGCUUAGGAUGAACUGACGAAGUGUGAAGAAACAAGCAUUCAACAGCUAAACCUCUUUUUUCCCUGGAAGCUUCCUGCAGGACAAACCAACAUGACCCUCACUGUGACCUUAUAGAACCUCAAUUCUGUUUUUGACAUUAAUAUUAACAUCAGAACAGAGCUAUUAAUAGUUUUCACCCUGUGUGGUUUCAGUACAAACUGAAUUGUCAAGCAGUUGUAUGUAUAUAUAUAUAUGUCAUAUCUAGUGUCAGACUUUACUUUUACUUUCAGUUGCGUUUUAAAUUGAACAUGUGCUUGUUACAGAAUAUUGUUGUAUUGUAGCAAUGAAUGUCUGUUUUCAUAUGAAAAUAAUGUAUUUAAUGAUUGAAUUCACUGAAAGACAAGCAGAUGCAAUGUAAAUUAAAGCUGCAAGCAGCGCUGGACGGGUCCUCGCAUCCUUGCUGGUCGGUGAAUCCACGCAUGUCCACCAGGUGGCGCUGCGACUGAGAGUGUAUGUCGGCCUAUGGAUGUGAUGAGGGCUGGACUCUGAUCACACAUGUAAAAUAUUGGGCAGAUUGGAGCAUGUUCAGGCUACUUAUAGAGCUUUUCCUGUCCAUCCACCAGGUGGCGCUGCGACCGAGAGUGUAUAUUGGCCUAUGGAUGUGAUCAGGGUCAGACUGAUCACAAAUGUAAAGUUUCAGGCAGAUUGGAGCAUGUACAGGCUAGUCAUAGAGCAUUUCCUUCCAUCCACCAGGUGGCGCUGCGACCUAGAGUGUAAAUUGGCCUAUAGAUGUGAUCAGGGCUGGACUCUGAUCACACAUGUAAAGUUUCAGGCAGAUUGGAGCAUGUACAGGCUAGUUAUACAGCAUUUCCUGUCCAUCCAACAGGUGGUGCUAUCACUCUGAAUGUAUAGUUGUCUAUGGAUGUCGUCUAAGCUGGACUCUGAUCACACCUGUAAAGUUUGAGACAGAUUGGAGCAUGUAGAGGACAGUAACAAACACUGUUCCCUCUAAACUGCGCGCGUGCGCAAUUGCGCACUGCUGACACGGUCUCCGCGCACAGAAAAUCUGCUGCGCACAAAAAAAAAAAUCCAACCUAAAUUGUAAAUAAAAUAAACACGUAACAAUUCAUUCUGUGCCAUUUUUCAAUGUGAUACAGUGAGUGAUCGGUGACUGGCUGCUGCAGCCAAUGAUGCGAUUCACAUACGUAUUUACCAUAGACUGUAUAUAAUGGUAUUUACGCAGCUAAUCAACGUCAUGCGUCCUUAUGUGCAGUCACCGUUGUUCUCAUAGAUAUGAAUGAGUAGAUAGGACACGCCCCUUUGAGCUGCGGCUACAGCGAGGCUAAGCUAGUGGGGGCAAAGUUUCAGUGCAUUCCGUUGAUGUAGACGGCGUGAAAACGGAAACAAGAAGUAUGCCGGCUCACUGUGCUGCAUACAGUUACACACUGCGUCGUACGAUUGAGACAAGGAAACUUGGAAUGACUUUUCAUAGGUAAGAAUAGUUUUUGGCUCUUUUUUCAUUAUGAAAUCUUGUUGAGAGCUUCCAGUCUAUGAGAGCUAACUAGUUAGCCACUAGCAAAACGCUAAGGCGAGCUAGCAGCUUGACAACCAAAUACCAGACGAUUAAUAGUAGCUGUAGUAUAGUUGUACAAGCAGUAGUAGUAAUACUAAAAGUACAAGCAGUAGUAGUAUAAACAGCUGUUAGAGUCGUAGAAGUAGUAUCAGCAUUUGUAAUAGUAUUACAAGUUGUAGUAGCAGUGCCAGUAUCAGCAGCACUACUAGUAGUAGUCACAUUGCUAUUACUACCACCAAUACUACCAAUAGUAGUUAUAAAGCCUAACUCAUGUAUAUCCAGAUUACCAUCUAUGUUCUUCCUCCAAACCCAUUUUAUGAUUGGGAUUACAGGCAGUUCUUUAGGACUGCUUUCAAAUAAUUGAAAUCUUACUAAACAAGGUUAUACUUAUCAAAUUAAAUUGCUCUGGUCUCCAGUAUAUUGGCGAAUUCGGUUCUUUGUACUUAAUUUAUUAGCAUGAUUUCUUUUUUAGUAUGUUGUCUACAGACUUACUUCUCUGUCUACUUUUCUUACUCCAUGUAGGUUUCCCAGAGACUGUGGGUUGAGGAGGAAUUGGAAGUUUGUCGGCUUAGACCUGGUGUCAUUCCAUCAGUGUUAAACUUCCCGGCUCAUCUUGGAAGAGCACGUGCCAGAAAGACCACGACCAAGCAGCCUUGAGAUCUUAGGCAGCGUCUCCCUCAGGUCCCUCUCUAUCUCCCCACACAUCCACCAACCACUGGAACACAUCUCCAAAGUUCUGCUGGGCCAGCUCAGCUUCCCCUCAGAAGAAGUGCUGCCACCUGCCAGAUGAAGGAGCCUUUUGAGAGGCAGCUGGCAUCGUGAUUGGACUGUUCUUUGGUCUGUUCCAAUCCAGCUUCAGCUCCAGAGACGGCAGGCGGGACGAGUCAACGGAGGCCGGGUGGACGAAGGCAUGCAGCUGAGUACAAUCCAGAAAACAACAGAAGAGGAGUGCAGGGCCAGAACAAGCAGAGUAGCAUCGUAUGUCUCUUAGAAAACAUCAUAGUAUAGCCUUUGGUAUGAAAAAACGCCAUCAUAUACAUCGUAUAUUGUACAAAUAAGUCAAAGGAAAGAGACAUACAUUGUAAAAUUGUAGUAAUUGUGGGCUGACUGAUUUACUGAUUAUCAGUAUUUUAUUUUUUACUGAUUUACAGUAAUAAAUCAAUUUAAAAAUGG